AUGUCGGAAAUAACAUUAUCUGUCCCGCAUGAGACUGGCACCCAGAACCACCCAGCAGUACCGGAAAAUCAAGGUAUUGUUAGCCCUGUUCCAAGUGAUAUCUGCUGCAGACUUUGGAUGCCUUUCUUCCUACGACAAAAAGUGCUUUACACAUUCGUCCUGGUCUACUUUACUCUCAUUGUAAUAAUGGGGGGUUUGUUCUGGUACUCCACAACACAUCAAGGACUUCUUACAGCGGACCCUGACCGUUUCAUAUUUUGGCAAUAUGCCCCUACCGCAGUAUUUACAAUCAUCGCAGCAUUCUGGGGCCAAGUUGAGUACAGAACAAAGCAGCUCGCACCGUGGAAAAUAAUGGCUUCACCCCAAAAAGCUCAGCAUAGCAUCUUACUGGACUUUAUUUCCCCUCUCAGCAUCGUCACGUUCUACAAAGCAGCAAAGACCCCCGGAUGUAGAGCUGUUGCACUCGCCACCGCAGUUGGAUUAUUGAUUAAGCUAGUUACCGUACUCACUACCGGACUUUUUGUCCUACAAUAUACAGCUAUACAGGUACCGACGGAGAUGACCACGCUGACAAAUUUUGGUGGACCCAACACGACACUUUUCGACCACAAAAUGGUUGAUCGGCGGGCUGCCAUUAGAGUCUAUGGUAUCGGCAACUAUAGCUUACCACAGCCUUCUGGAACAUACGAACAAUACACAUACCAGAUGUUCAACAAUACUAAAGACUGGUUUCGCAGCUUACAAGUUCAAGGCUCCCAGGCGAUAGCCAACAUAACAGCAGACAUCAGUGUCUUUUCUGCUAGGGCAGAGUGUGAGCCUCUUACGGUGCGGCAGAUCGACAGUGCAACACAUUGGGUUGAUUCCCACAAACUCCACGAAAAUGGCACCGCAACACACGAACUUUUCGCCGACCAAUACUUCGUGAAGCUUUACUUUACUUUAAGCUCGAAGACUUGCAGUGUCAUAAAGCAUGGAAACUUAUGGAAUACCCAGAAGCGCCACAAUAAGUUUGGAACGGAUAAUAACGAAGAUUUCGAAGCCUUCAACGAAAUGAUAUGUGACGAUGAAGACCCGCGCUUCCUGGUAUUGUCGACUAGAACCAACGUCACAUAUACGAAAACUGCUCUUCCAAAGCAUCUAGCGAGCCUCACCGGAGUCGCCUGCAAACCUAGCUAUGCCAUAUUCUCUGGGACAGUUACACUUAACGGGAACAGCUCUAUCAACUCAACUCCGAGAAUAUAUAUCCCUCCUGAUGCAGAACCGUCAAGUUUACCAGGGGUUUCAGCAUCGGAAUUGUUCAAAGCCGUCGCGGCAUCCCACGAAUCUCAGUCAAAUCCGAACGAAGUUUUGGACCUACUCGAAUAUUUUGCAGCAAUUGCAUCCGGUCUAAGCCAAGAAGACAUUCUCUCUGAUAUAAAACUUUUUGCAAAAAUAACUCAGGAGUUUUUUUCCAGGGUAUCCGCACAGCUGGCAAAUAUAUAUUUCACCAUCCCAUCAUCUACAAAGUUUUCUGGCUCAUCUAUAGAGAUGCAAAACCGCCUUGUUAUCCGUCUAGAAGGAUUUCUUCCAGUCGAAGCUCUGUUGGCAUUCAUGGGUGUCUUGACAGCCUUUAUAAUACGCCUUCGUCCAAACACUGUGGUGUCUUGCGAUCCUGGGCCAGUUAUAGGCAUAGCCUCGAUCCUGGCACGGUCCAAUAGGCUACUUAAAACACUGGAAGGGACUGGAAAUGCAUCUUUACAAUCUAUCGAAAACAGAGUUUAUGGCAAACGGUACAGCGUUUUCUCCAAUGGGAAAUUUGGUAUCUCGGAAACACCGACAUCUGUCUGGAGCAUCCGGCCUCGAACUAUGACCGAAGAUGUGUGGUUCUCGCCAAUUGCACUCUCUCUCCCGUUUAAAGUCACUCUCGUUACUGUUCCAAUAGCUAUCUGUAUAGCACUGGAAGUUAUACUUCAAAAGUCGCGAGCGCAGAACGGCUUCACGGAUAUCGCCCACGACGAGUAUAUUCACUAUUCAUUCACAAUUAUUCCAACGAUGACGUUAGUCGCCGUCGGGAUGUUUUUUACCGCCCUUGAUUUUUCGAUCAAAGUUUUUCAGCCAUAUUAUCUGCUACGCCGAAGAGCUACUUCAAUUAUCCCAAUCAGCUAUACCUCUAUGGGAAAACUUAGCAUCUAUUGCCUCUGGGAUGCCUUGCAACAGCGGCAAGUCGCUCUAUCAUGCGUUUCGUUAUGCAUGAUACUAGCGCCUUUUCUUACAAUCGCCGCUAGCGGGAUGUUCUUUACUGCGGCUGUUACUCAGAGACACAACAUACAACUCUCAGAACUAAGCCUUGUAUCUGAAGAAACAUGGUACAGUAAUGCUAGUGCCAUAGCUAGUGCUAUAGCAGGAACCCAGCGAGGAUAUGUGAUUGCAGACCUGGUUUUGUUAGACAACUUAAGCACGCCACUACUUACACAUGAGAACCUCGUGUUCCCCUUGGUGGAUUUUACCGUUAGUUCGGAUAAAGAAUUCAGCGGCCGGCUCAGCACAGCAGAGAAAAAUGCACAGAUUCCUGCAUACAGAGCUCGCUCGAAUUGCACUUUACUCCCGCACGAAAUGAUCACAAAUAUGACUUAUUUUUCAGAUCAAAAACCACCUUUUCAACAAUACUAUACACGCUUCGACGCGCAUGCCUCAAAAGGAUGCGGCUGGGCAACCAACGAGACUGUUGAUCUUAAUACACGAAUUAUGAACAACUCUUACUUCGGUGGUUGGAGGACUAGAACGGACGGGCGCGUCGAUUGGCCCUGGUGCCCAAAUGCAUGGGCUGUUUUCGGCUAUGUUGGACAAAAGCACGUCGAGGAUAUCACGGUCGCAUAUUGCAAGCCUUUCAUGGAAAAAGUCCUGACAAAUGUUACAUUUCUCGCCAAGGACUUUUCCUUGGUUCUGAGCAAGCCUCCUAUACCCGAUGAAGCCACGGCAACAUUUGUUCAAAAUAUCUCCAUCGGCGCCAUUAAGAGUGGAUACAUAGGCGAGAACAAUACACCUUCUUCAGUUCUAGAAGGUCUCUUUAGCAUUAUGUUAUAUGGGAAAAAUGGCACACGUCCUGAAGAAUUGGUCGGACCGACAGGCCACGAAAAACUUAUUACUGCCAUCGAGCGCUCAUACGGUCAAGUUUUAGCUCAGGUUUUCAACACUAAUCGCAACCCUCCACUACCCGCUACAGCACCAAUGAAGGCUGUUUUAGAGGUGCCUUACGGCUUGAGACUCAAACAAAGCGAGAUUUCCACGCGAAUUCUCCAAGGCCUGCUCGGAGCCAUGACUAUAUGUGCUGCGAUCACGUUCGCCACUAUGGAUACUCGCCGAGUGCUACCCAAGGAUCCAUGCAGCAUUGCAGCAGUGGCGAGCUUGUUUGCCGGCGCUGACAUGAUGGGAAAGGACGUUAUACCGGAAGGAACGGAGCAGUUGACUGUCAAAGAGAUCAAAGAGAAGGGCAUCUUCGAUGGCUAUCUAUUUAGUAUGGGAUGGUGGAGCAGUGGAAGGUUUGGGAUUGACAUUGGAAAAGCGGAUAAGGAGAAACCAGAAUGA